AUGGAUUUCCCGAACAAAAGGCCAUGCUCAGAACCACCGGCUAUGGGCGAAGCAUCCGUGCUACUGGAGAGGGGGUAUUCAAAUGCAUCAUGGUGCAACGCAACCGAGCGAACCCCCCUUCAGGAACUACCGACCACCAUGCGGGGUUUUCACCCCUCGUACAUGCUACCGAAUCUGCAAUGUGACAUGCCGCCGAGCAGCCAAAACUGUGGACGAACAAAAGACAUCACACUCAGUGAGCGUGUCCAACGAGCUGCUACGAAAACUGUUGCCUGCCGGCAAUCCGUGGACCACGAAACGCGUCCCGCGGUGCUUGACCUAUUUUCCCUAGAGUAUCGUCGCCUCCGAGGGAACCUAAUUCCUAAUUGUGCCCUGUUUGAACAAAGCUUGGCAAGCAGGUUUUCACCAUUAACCCAGCAAACACACGGCGGGGACAUGGUAAGAAGAUUUUCAAGCUCAGAGCGCACAUACUUAUUAGACAAUUUUUUCUCAUUUUGGGUAGUAGCUGCGUGGAAUGACCUCCCUCCGACGAACCCAGUUCAAAGCACUGCUAGACACUUAUUUAUGCGAAUCCUCGUGCUGGUAAACAUACUGCGCCAUGUUGAGUACAUAAAGAGCAGUGCUACAGCCUUUUUUCCCUUGUACCUUUCAAGUGAACGACAAACGCUGAGUGACGAGAACACAACCGACCCGGGAAACUUGGAGAAAAGCUUCGAUUCUGUGUAUCAAUCCCUGAAUCCCAAAAGAUCAUGUGCUUCCCGAUCCUCUCGGAUCUAUAAACGGGCACUUUUUAGUUUGUUGAUGCAGGCUACCACGAAAAUGCCAUGGCGACCGCCAGUAGCGUAUGAAGAACCAUUCUGGCCGGACCGCAUGCAGCUUUACGGUCCAGCCAAGAGGACGAAUGAGCAUCCGAAGACAAGGACCCGAACCACGCAUAUUAUCGCCGAUGACCAGGGACAUUUGCUUCCGAACCAGAAAACGGCCCCUGGGGACUGCCCAUGGGGGAACUAUGUAGGAACGUGGGAUCUUCCUUGUCACUUAUAUGGAUACAAAGUUUACAAUCCAUGUGCUCGAUCAAAAGAAGGGAUGGAAUAUCUUCAACACAAGAAGGAACUAGUGGAUGCGGCAAUCGAACUGGCGAAAGCGAACAAAAGUGAAUCGGUAAAGAAAAGGUUCGGCGAAGCAAUGAAAAGUUGAAGGACCCGACAAAGUUAAUCACCCACUGGAUAAUUUUUUCUCUUGUUUAUUUCCCACGGCUUUGCGCCGGAUUUCCACGCUAUCAGAUUAUUUUCAUUGAUGUAUUACUAAACACUUUUGUUUGCAAGAUGAUGCAAUAAACAUGAUAGAACACUCCAGG